UCGGCGAUCGGACCUCAUUUGUUUACCUUGGUCACAGAGAUCAGAUCAUGAGAAUCCGUAGCAAUCCACUGCCCCGCCGGCUGGUGGAUGUCUUGUGCUUUCUGAUUAUUGCAGUCUUUUUGCCGGUGGUGUUCCUCUUCGAGAUUGUGGUGGUGCUGCCCGCUUUCCACGAACCCGGUGGCUUUUUUCACACCUUCACCUUUUUGAUGGCCAUGUUCCUGGUGUUUAAUAUCAAGGGAAAUAUGAUUGCCUGCAUGAUGAUCGAUACUAGUGUGGAUGUGAAAAAGAUGGAACCGCCGGCGGAGCAUUUGGAUUGGCGGGAGUGCGGCGAGUGCCAGCGAUUAGCCCCACCCAGAUCUUGGCACUGUAAGAUCUGCAAGGUUUGCGUACUAAAGCGGGAUCACCACUGCCUCUACACGGGCUGCUGCAUUGGACUCAGAAACCAUCGCUUCUUCAUGGGAUUCAUAUUCUACCUAUUUGUGGGAUCAGUUUACGCCCUGGUUUACAACUCCAUAUUCAUGUGGAUCAUCCAGGGACACAUCUACUGCAACUGGCUAACGCUGCUCAAGCUCACCUGCCCCAUGCUGCUCUUGGUGACGGGCAGUUUCUGGAGCAACAUGUAUCUGCUCUUCUAUAGCUUGAAUGUUUUAGCCCUGGCUUAUGGAGUCCUCCUCUUGGGUUACCAUGUGCCCAUCGUUUUGAGAGGCGGGGUUUCCGCCGACCGCACAAAGGAGAGCAAGCAAAAGUACGACAGAGGAGUCUACCAAAAUCUAAGAUGUGUGUUUGGAGACCGCAUGCGUAUAGCCUGGUUAUCUCCACUGAUUCGCAGCGAUCUGCCGGAUGACGGAUACCACUGGAGUGCCACUAAGAACAUAAAAGACAAAGACUGAUUAGGACUUAGAAUUAAUAAGUGCAUGAAGCCCCAACCUGGGAAGCCCGUAGAUAAGGACUAUGACUUUUGCUACAUCUGGCUGCAUAUAUUUUAAUCUUAAGGUGGUAAAGUUGUAACCGAUUCCACCAGUGAGAAUGGAUGCCUGGCCUUUCCAUUCAAUAUGACUUUCAUCGAUGACCAAAAUCAGGUUUAUGUGGAAACCCGAGUUAGCCUGUAUAUUUGUAAAUACUUUAGUAAAUUAGCAUUACAUGUUAUGUGUUUGUACUCCACAUCUACAUUAUCACCACAUUUAUUGGAAUAUAUUUCAAUUUCAUAAAUAGGAACCGAUAA